AUGAAGGACCUCGCGGGCACGGCUCCGGGGAAGCCGGUGCUCCCGUCGCUAUGGACCGAGAACCUUGCUGUCGCCGUCCUCAACCGUCUACCGAGCCGCUACCACACGACAACCCGCCGUCGCAGUCGUUCCAACGCUAGACCCGGUGCUUCUGACAUCACCACGCUACAGAAGUCCUUUAACCUCUGGGACGGCAUCCGCGACCUGCAAAGGCGCAGAUGGCACCCCGCCGACCUUCAGUACCUCUUCUUGGCCGGCCUCGUCCUCUUCUCGCUAUGGAUAGCCCCUUCGGCCCCCGCCGUCAAGACGUUUGCCCUCGUCGGCGCCGCCUGGAUCCUACUCAUGCCCGCGACCCGCCAAUUCUUUCUGCCCUCGGUCACGAUAUGGGUUUGGCUCGUCUACUUUUUCUGCAGCCGCUUCAUCCCCACCGAAUACCGUCCUCACAUCUGGGUUCGAGUGCUGCCGGCCCUGGAAAACGUACUCUACGGGGCAAACCUAUCCAACAUCCUCUCGGCCCAUCAGCAUGCCGUCCUCGACAUACUCGCCUGGCUCCCCUACGGCAUCAUCCAUUUUGGAGCCCCUGCCGCCUGCUCCCUCAUCAUGUUCAUCUUCGCCGCGCCCGGCACCACGGCCGUCUUUGCGCGCACCUUUGGCUGGAUGAGCAUCCUCGGCGUCACCAUCCAGCUGCUCUUCCCCUGCACCCCGCCGUGGUACGAGAAUGAGCACGGCCUCGUGCCCGCAGCCUACGGCAUGCCCGGGUCCCCGGCGGGCCUGGCACGCAUUGACGCCAUUUUCGGCAUCGACCUCUACUCGACCAACUUUACCGCCGCGCCCCUGCCCUUUGGCGCAUUCCCGUCUCUGCACGGGGGCUACGCCGUCCUGGAAGCUCUCUUCAUGAGUCACUGCUUCCCGCAGCUAAAGUUCUUCUUCAUCGGCUACGCCGGGUGGAUCUGGUGGUCCACCAUGUACCUCAGCCAUCACUACGCCAUCGAUCUCGUCGGCGGCGGCCUGAUCGCCAUGGCCUUUUUCUAUUCCGCUCGCGCACGAUGGCUGCCUCGGCGCCAGCCCGGCAAGCUGACUCGAUGGGAUUACGACUACGUUGAAGUCGGCCACCGCCAUCGCACCCCAGACGAAGAGUACGGUGAUGGCCAGUACUUCGGACUUGGACUGUUCGAGCACCGCCGCGGUGACUCGAGCGACGGGUGGUCCCUCGGAAGCAGCUCCAGCUAUAGCUCGAGCAGCGGCACCGUCAGCCCGUCCUCGUCGGACGGAUCCUCGGGGGUGUUUGUCGUGGAUGUGGACAGCCACGUCCAGCCGUGGGAUGCGAGUUCGCACCGAGACGUCGAGUUGAGCGAUGUCGUCAUCACGAGGUGA